UUCCCUUCGCGUCGCCUGCUCAAGCCUGGUCCCCUCUUGACCCCAGAUGGCUACGAGGAAUAUACUGUGGACCGGAUCGUCGACGAGAAGCGCUCCCGGAAGUCCGUCAAGUAUCUUGUUCGCUGGGUCGGUUAUGGCCAGGAGGACGACACUUGGCUUCCCGCUGCCGAGCUC